UUAACAAAGAACACUCUCAGUCUCCUAGUGUUUUUACACCAAUUCAAUUUUUUUUAACCCUGUGUUUAUUAAUUGGCCUUUUUUUCCAAACAAUGGGCCUUUUCACCCCCCUGGUCUUGGUUUCUUUGACCAUCCUCCAACUCUGAUCCUAUCCCUGUCACCACCAUUGACGAGACAGUCCAAUCACUGACAGGCAAACUGCAGAUGGAAAGGUGGAGCUUAGCACUGAAACAGGGUGUGGUCCUGAAACCAGCAAGGUCUGUAGUAGUGGCCUUGGGUUUAAAUUGACUUGAAUUACUUCAUUCUCCUAGUCAUCAUAGCUGGCCUCUCUCACUUCCACUCAUCACCCUCUUACUUUCUGUCCAUCUUCACACAUCUUUCCUAUCUAUCUUUUCUAUGAGAGAUCCCGCGCCUGUUUGAGGACAGCAGCUGGACAACAGCCUCCCACGGCAUAGCUGCUGUGUAUGUAUCCUGGUCUCCACUUUACCACCCACACUGGUGCUGCUGAUCUCUGGGAUCUUUGGGGUUGGCUGUGCAGGAGGCAGGGCUGAGGAGUGGUGCUCAGCAGGGGUUUGAUAAGAGCAAAAAGGCCAUUUGUCACAAUGCUGUCGGAAGCCCUGUCACACGUUUUAAAAAUGCAUAGUUAUCUACGAUCCAGAACUGAUGUCCGAAUCAGAGACUACCCUCUGAUGCGGGGCCCUGAAGAGAUGACCACCAUCCUUUUGGCCUAUGUCUUCUUCUCAGUGUAUUUUGGGCCUCGUUUUAUGGUGAACCGCAAACCAUACAGCUUAAAGAAACCCAUGGUCGUCUACAACCUAAGCAUGGUGUUGCUAAAUGGCUACAUAGUCUAUGAAUUCUUGGCUGCUGGAUGGGCCACGACCUAUACAUGGAGAUGUGACCUCGCUGAUACUGGCAACAGCCCUAUGACUUUUAGAAUGAUACAAGCCUCUUGGCUUUUUUACAUUUCAAAAUUCACCGAACUCCUAGACACGAUCUUUUUUGUGCUGAGGAAGAAACAAAGCCAGAUCACAUUUCUCCAUGUAUUCCAUCACUCGGUCAUGCCCUGGUCGUGGUGGUGGGGCAUCACUCUGACUCCUGCUGCCGGCAUGGCCUGCUUCCAUGCCAUGUUGAAUUCAGGAGUGCAUGUUAUCAUGUACUCCUACUAUGGACUCUCUGCUGCAGGACCUCGCUUCCAGAAAUACCUGUGGUGGAAGAAGUACAUGACUGCCAUCCAGCUGACGCAGUUUAUCAUGAUUUCCGUUCACAUCAGUCAGUACUACUUCAUGGAGAAGUGUGACUACCAAGUUCCCAUGUGGAUCCAUUUGAUCUUCAUGUACGGCGUCUUCUUCUUCAUACUUUUCUCCCACUUCUGGGUGCAGGCCUACAUCAAGGGCCAUCGACUUCCUGGGCCAAAAAGCACCCCAAAACUGAACGGCUCUGCAGGUGAACCAAUAACUGCAGUGGCCAAUGGCAAGCACCUGGAGAAUGGAAAUGCUUCCCAUCAUAGCAAUGGCAAAAUCCUCAUGGGCAAAGUAAAGGAGGUCUAAUGUGGUGACUGGAAAUGAGGAGGAACAAGGCCGCUCUAUAAAGACCACCUUGAAUUUGUCCUUUUGUGAUUCAUAUCCAGUAGUGGAUUGGAGUGACACACAUUCCGAUAUACUACUUCUAAACUUUUGUAAUUUUUAUAUAAAUCUCAUGCUUUUUGAAACUAUAUGCACACCUCUUGGGAUAUGAAUGCCUUACUGGUGACAUUGUGAUUGUUAGUUGUGAGUAACCAUUAACUCUGACACUCACUGAAUGUUGAGCUGGUGCACAUUUUGUCACUGAUUAGUGUUCUUCAACUCGAGCUUGAGGCCACGCGAGCUUGACCUACACUGUUUGGCCGGCAUGACCCUGUUUGUUUGGACGUUUUGCACCGUUUCCACUGAAGACUAUCACAUGAUGUAAAUAACCGCUCAAAAGUUUGUCAAAAUUAGGUUUUCAUUGUAAAUGUGAAUGUUGUUGUCUUUUUCUCCCCCCACCCCUUGUAUUUAUUUAUCGUUUGAAAUAAAAUACAUUUUAGAUAAAGGUCUGUCUCGUUUGGAAAGCAGUUGUGGUGUGCACACGUUUAACUAAAAAAAAAAAAAAAAGCCACACUGAAAAUGUUCAAUUUUAAGAAUUGUGGAAAAGAAAUGUUACACUGUAUAUUACAGCAUUGUGAUUUUGCAUUUUAUUUUGCAUAACUAGGUGGUGACUUCCACUGCUCUGUGUGUUCAUUAUUCAUGUUGUGCAACAGUAUGGGAUGGUGUAUUCUCAACACAGUCUGAGUGAAACCAAUAGAGUGCUCUUUCUCAUUAGAAAGAAAUAAACAAAAUACUGUAUGAAUUCA